CAGUGAGCUGUAGAUAUUAGUGAUGAGUCAGCAGUUGCUUUAACCCCGUGUGUGCCGCAUUGAUCUGAUUUGAACUCACACUCACACACACACUCACACACACACUCACACACACUCGCACACACACACCGGCACCAGUGACCGAGGGAAGCAGCGCGAGACACCGGUGGGUUUACACUCCUUUUCGGCGAGACUCAGGUCAGACUGCAGUGUGUGUGUGACUGUGUGUGAUGCGCAGGGUGAGUGUGUGUGUGUCUGCAGUCGGUCAGUCUCCGCGCACCGGGAAGCAGCAGCAACAUCAUAGCCGUUUGAUCUGAAAUGACGACAGAGCCAGAGGGUAAAGCAGAGCAGCAGGGGGCGUGUGCGGCUCCGCCCCAUUCAGCCCCGCCCCUCGAUAACCAGCUUCCUCCUGCCGCCGCCCACAGCACACCUGUGAAGAAGGAUCAGGCUGGGGAGCGAGAGGUGGGCGGAGUCCCACAGGGGAAACCCAAUCAGCUGUCAGCAGAGGACGACGGCUCCUCCCACUGGUCAUCCUCCAGUAAACUGAACAGAUCUCCUGCCAAGAUCAGCAAGAAACCCAAAAACAUGCAGUGCAAGAUCACACUGCUGGACGGCUCCGACUACACCUGCGUGGUGGAGAAGCGAGAUAAGGGUCAGGUUCUGUUCGAUAAGGUGUGUGAGCAUCUCAAUCUGCUGGAGAAGGAUUACUUCGGCAUCACCUUCCGCGAUGUGGAGAAUCAGAAGAACUGGCUGGAUCCUGCCAAAGACAUGAAGAAGCAGAUCCGAGGUGUGGCCUGGAACUUCUCCUUCAACGUCAAGUUUUACCCUCCAGAGCCGGCGCUGCUGUCUGAAGACAUCACCAGGUAUUACCUGUGUCUGCAGCUGAGGGAUGACAUCUCGUCUGGUCGUCUGCCCUGCUCUUUCGCCACACACACUGUUCUGGGCUCGUAUACGGUGCAGUCGGAGCUGGGCGAUCACGACCCGGAGGAGUGCGGCUCUGAGUACACCAGCGAGUUCCGCUUCGCCCCGCAGCAGACCAAAGAGAUGGAGGAGAAGAUCAUCGACCUGCACAAGAACUACAAAGGAAUGACGCCCGCUGAAGCUGAGAUGCAUUUUCUGGAGAAUGUGAAGAAACUCUCGAUGUAUGGAGUCGACCUACAUCACGCAAAGUUGAUAGGACGAUUCUUUCACUGCUUUUCUCCAGCUAAAGGAGAGGACUCUGAGGGUGUGGAGAUCAUGCUGGGCGUGUGUUCGUCAGGCCUCCUCAUCUACAGAGACAGACUCCGCAUCAACCGAUUCGCCUGGCCUAAAGUGCUGAAGAUCUCCUACAAACGCAAUAACUUCUACAUCAAGAUCCGCCCCGGAGAGUUUGAGCAGUUUGAAAGCACAAUCGGCUUUAAACUCCCAAACCACAGAGCGGCAAAGAGACUGUGGAAGGUGUGUGUGGAGCAUCACACAUUCUUCAGGUUGGUGCUGCCUGAAACUCCCCCUAAGAAGUUCCUGACUCUGGGCUCUAAGUUCCGCUACAGCGGCCGGACGCAGGCUCAAACCAGACGCGCCAGCUCACAGAUCGUGCGGCCCGCACCCUACUUCCAGCGCUCCUCCAGCAAACGAUACACCAUGUCCCGCAGUCUAGACGGAGAGAUGGGCACAGCGUUGUACGGCGCAGCGAAGGGCAUUGCCAUGAGUGACCUGAUCACCACAGUGACCCCAGAGAAGAAGGUGGAGGAGGAGCCGCAGCCGCAGAAACACACACAUGCAGACAAGCAGAUGCAGCCGCAGACGGAGACAGAGACAGAGACGGACACACACACGCAGACGCAGACGGUGCUGGUGGAGAACGUGAUGAUUCUGGAGGACGACGACGAAACCACCAGAGCCACAGAGCUGUCACUGCCCAGCCCAGCAACACCAGCCCGCCUCGACACACGGACUGAUCUGACAGACACUGCUGUAGAUGGAGAACUGACCGCUACUGAGUCGGAUCAGGAGGACGAGUCUGAAGCAAAAACCAAGGAGGCGGAUCUGACGCCGGACGAGCAGCUGAAGCCGCAGACCAACAUCAGUGAGCUGAAAAGGACAUUCCUGGAGGGCGGAGCGGAGCCGGCGGGCCUUACCGAGUGGGAGAAGCGUCUGUCCUCGUCCCCGCUGCGCUCGCCGCGGCGGGAGGAACCGCCAAUGAUCGAACCCCUGGAGCUGGACGAGAUCAAGCAGGAAGUAGUGGUGGAGACACAGGAAGUGGCGGAGACACAAGAAGUGGCAGCGGCUCUGGAUACGCAGGAGAACAACAGGAAGGUUGAUGAGGAGUCUGACGGGUGGGUCAUUAUAAACAAGGUUCCUCCGUUUGAAGCACAUAAAGCACCAGUAGAAACUAGAGACAAAUCCUCCAUUCAGCCUGAAAUCAUAGUGCAAGACGCAUCUCCUCCAGCUGAACCGAUGAAGGAGUUUCCAGAAGACGUUCCAGCAGAGAAGAUGGAUCCGGAGAAGACCACCAAAGAUGAAGCUCCUCCAGAGAAGACCACUGUAGAGGAAGCUCUUCCAGAGAAGACCACCGUAGAUGAAGCUCUUCCAGAGAAGACCACCGUAGAUGAAACUCCUCUGGAGAAAACUAUAGAGAAGACCACUGUAGAUGAAACUCCUCCAGAGAAGAUUCACUCAGAGAAAACUGAAGAUGUUCCUCCUAAAGUUCCUCCUAAAGUUCCUCCGAAGGUUCCAGAGAAGAAACACAGCUCCAGUUAUAGGUUUCUGUCCUCCAUGAGCUCCGCACCGCCUCCGUCUUCAGUACGACCCAGGAGUGAGGAUCUGUCAGCGGGUCGGAUUUCUCCGGCGCUCCUCAGAACCUCCCCGACAGCCAAAGUGCCGAAGCCCAGUUUUGAGGAGAUGUCUCCUGAGCUGACGGCGCUCCUGCAGUCUGCACGCAGCUGGACGCCUGUUCCUGCAUCUGCGUCUCCAUCUGCGUCUGCAUCUGCUCUGGUCACGCCUGCGCCCGCAGCUUUACACACCCCACAGAAUCAGCCAUCAGAGAGUGUGGAUGAGCAUCUGGGAAAGGGUCUGACAGAAGAGGAGCGGCCGGCAGAUGAACCGCUGGACAAGCCUCAGGUACCUGCACCUCCAGCGGGCCCCUUGGAGCCCGAUGGGUAUUAUCAGGCAUGUGUUGCAUGUGUAGAGCCGCUGAGCUCCGUGCGAGCUCUUGAUGAGUCUGAGUCUGACGGCGACUCCAGUGACUCCAGCAGUGUGAACUCCACUAACCUCGAUGGACCCCUCGAGCGCGUGGCCCCACAGAGGGCCGAAUCCCCUAGCGAGAGUGAGUCUGAAGGAGAGAGCUUCACACUGUCCACCGAUGAUGAAGAUGAUGAUGGAGAUCGAUCGCCCAACAUCAGCCUAUCUGAGCAGAGGGGUGUAGCUGAGGGUCACAGUGGCGAGGUCGACCUGAUGGCUGGUGUAGAGACGGGCGUCUUGAGUUUCAGGAGUGUGUCAGGAGACACACACGACACACACGAGACACAUGACACACCUGUGAUCCAGACCGAGAUCAAGACCAUCACAUAUGAGGCCCUGCAGGCGGAGACAGAUGGUGAUGCUGAUCCUGGUGUCCUGAUGAGUGCUCAGACCAUCACAUCAGAAACCACCAGCACCACCACGACCACACACAUCACUAAGACGGUGAAAGGUGGUAUCUCAGAAACGCGGAUCGAGAAGAGGAUCGUGAUCUCAGGAGAUGCAGACAUCGAUCAUGACGAGGCUCUGGCUCAGGCCAUUAAAGAAGCUAAAGAACAGCACCCCGACAUGUCAGUGACCAAAGUGGUGGUGCAUAAAGAGACGGAGAUCACGCCGGAGGAGGCUGAGGAGUGACACAGGAUUAACAUUAUCUUCACGCAUUCUGGAGGACUCUCAUGUGUUCAUGCUGUGGAAAAUGAAGGAUUCUUCAGUGGAACAUCAGCAUCAAUGACUGAAUCACAGCAAUCUUCAUCUGAACACGUCUGGAGUAACACACACACACACACACUCACUCACUCACGCUUAGCGGCGCGUUUGCCACACUGAGCACUGUUACUGCAUGACCAGGGAACAAUUCUGCUAUUUGUGAGGAGACAACAGUAUUUAGAUGUUUUAGGAAAUCCUAUAUGAGCGCAGUGUAUAGUCAAACUAUAAAGGGACUGAAGAGUUGUCAAAUAUAGCGGUUACAGAUAUCUACGUUUAUUUAUUAUACUGCUCACUUAAAAAACAAAGGACAAACUUUGCACAAUAUUUAACCUCGCAAAGAUGUGCCAUCCCCACGUGUCUCCUUCAUCCUCUCACCUCUGAUUUGCUCAUGUGGAUUAAUAUUAAAGAGAGAAUAUGAAUAUGCCACACAUUUUCUCCAUGUAUCUUAGACUCGUGUUCUGUUGUUUUUACUUGAAUUCUGCACCUGUUCUGUUUGUUUUUGUCACCUGUGAAUGUUGAUUUUAGAGGAAUCGAGCAGUUUUGCUAUCCUGAGAGAUCAAUCCUCGGCCAGAGAGCCACAUCUGAGCCUUAAACUGUACAGAACCCUCCAGACCGACCCACAUGUGUGUGUUUGUGUCCAUGUUUGACCCUCAUGUGCAGCGUCGCCGCCCUGCUGACUGUUUCCCACACAAGCUCAAAUAAAAGCUCAAUUCCAUUUCUGGUAA